AAAGUCUUAACUUAAAUGAUUGUUCAAUAGGGGAUGCUUCUUGAAUUUGCCAAGAACUUGGCAAAUUUUGCUGCGAGCAGUGGAAAGAAGCAUGCUGUUGUGCUUUCCAGCUUAGACUUUGGGAGGUGGCAGAAAAUUGACAUGUCAAGUGGGCCACAGAUUUAUUACCUAUCAACCACAAAUCCUGAUGGAACAGAUGACUACUGUGAACAACUUGGAUAUAAAAGGCUGCAGGAAUAUAACCCGUCUCAGAGGUGUUGGAAAUAUUUAGAUGCUGUAGUGGAAGAAAAUGCUAUGCAGGACAAGAGUUUUCCCUUCGAAGAUGAACCAGAAGAAGAAGAUUUUUAUCCAAGUUUGCCUUUUGCUUCCCUUUUCUCAUCGUUCAAGGCAAAAGGGUUGAAGGUUACCUGCUUAUUUUGUUACUGCUCGGAAGGUGACAAUAUUCCUGAUGCCUUCCUUCUGGCUGAGGCAGCUCGGAAAUUUUUGGGUCUGAAUCUUGAUAAUUCUCAUGGGGAUGAGAGUACCAGGUGGCUUAUACCAUGUUCGUGGAAGACUGUCUACGGACCACCUCCUGACCUGUCCAUAUUUUAGGGAUCACAGAGCUGAACCGCCCGACUUAACAAGAACAACGUGGUCUUUUUCUUUUUCUUUUUCACGGUUAUCCCAUUCUAACAUUUAUAGUUGACUGCUCUUUCAGUUUACUUAUUUAUACUAUGUUUUCGCCAUGUUGCGUUUCGUUUUCUUGACUUCUGGAUGAUGGUAGAUAAAAAGUUCUACUCCUCCAUUAAAGCCUUCAUUCUGCAACUCCAUGACUCGUUCCUCCCUCUUUUUAGAGCCUAGUUGUGUGACCGAAGACUAUAAGGUUCUUCACAGAGUGGGGAAGAUGGCAGAUCAUGCUUUCUGGUCAAAUGGUGAGAGUCACAUCAUCCAACGGCGGAGGGUAAGCAUUUCCGGGAUUUGAUCCGCCGAUACUGGUUCCCAGGCUAAUGUUGGCGGAAACGUUCUUUCUUUAUUUCCGAUUCGCGCCUACCCUUUGUUAUGUUGAAGCCAUGGCUGAGGCAAUUAAAUGCAUUCUGGACACCCUUCGUUAAAUUUCCUACUGUUUUAUGUAGCUACUGCAUUAAUAUUGCA